GGUAAACUUGGUCCUCCUCCUUCCAGUCCCAGCUCCCAUGGCAUAAGUCCACGCGUGAAUGCUUUGCUGUCGUGACGUAUUAGAGCUGCCAUUCUGAAACAACCUUAGCUUCCUCAGACAAUUGUUUCUGAGGCCAAUCACCAAAGGUUGACCGCCGCACAAGCCGCCAUGUCGAAUCCACUCGAUCCGGCGAACCUCUUCUCAGUGAAAGGCCUUGUGGCCCUCGUCACCGGGGGAGGCACAGGAAUUGGCCUCAUGAUGGCCAAAGCCCUCGCCGAGGGCGGCGCAGCGCGCGUGUACAUAGUUGGGCGACGUGUGGAUGUACUGCAAGCCGCGGCGGCGAGCAUUGGCAAACCGACGGUGGUGGUGCCGCUGUACUGCGACGUGACGUCCAAAAUCAGCCUCGAGUCGAUAGUCUCGGUGAUCGCUAAAGACGUGGGCUACCUCAACCUGCUAGUGUGCAACGCCGGCAUCGGCGGGCCUCAGGUGCCCGCCCCGGAGCCGGGGGUCACGACCCUCGACGAGUGGCGCGACCGCCAGCUCGCCUUCGACCUCGACGAGUACACCGCCACGUUCAAGGUCAACGCCACGAGCGUGUGGUACACCACCAUGUCUAUGCUUAAGCUUCUGGACAACGGCAACAAGAAGGGCAACGUCGAGCAGAGCAGCCAGGUCGUCGUCACCAGCAGCAUUGCCGCUUAUAACAGGACGGCCCCCGGCGGCUGGGCGUACGGCCAGAGUAAGGCCGCCACCACCCACAUUGUGAAGCAGCUGAGCGUCGUGUUGCCGACGUGGAAUAUUCGUGCCAACUGUAUUACCCCUGGAUUAUUCCCGAGCGAGAUGUCAGCCCCGAUAGUACAGAACGCCGGCGGGUCCAUGACCGGCUCCGGGCUGAUCCCCCUCGAGAAGACCGUCGUCCCGCUGGGGCGUAUGGGAGACGAACAAGACAUGGGAGGCCAGAUCCUGUACCUCGCCUCGAGAGCAGGUGCCUACUGCAAUGGCAACAUAAUCGUAGUCGACGGAGGGAGACUUACCACCUUCCCGGGCACGGGCUACUGAGAGGUUGACGGGGAAAGGCAUCGGCCACUGGGAGACACCAAUCAUUAAAGAGGCGUUUUAAGACGAGCUGGAAAUAUCCAUUGCUAUGCAUACCUGCCCUGCCCUCCUGGGCGACAGUAGAAGGUUGGGGACCUGUGCCGUACAUCGAUAGAAAGGCUAAAAGGGAAAGGUCGUUACUAGGGCCAUGUUGAUGGCAUUCUGGGUGGUUAGCAAGCACAUAAAUAAGACCACGCCAAUUCAAAUCACAACAAGGCAAGUCAAAUCAGGAAGAUUUUCUCUGAAUUUUACGAACAAAGCAUGAUGAUCUAGUAAUGCCGAAGGUAAUGAUGAC